AUGUCUGGACCGCAAUCUUAUCGUCCCCAAACGGCCAAUGAUCUUUCCGGAAGAGUUGCCCUUGUCACUGGCGGAGGAACUGGAAUCGGUUUAAUGAUUUCACAAGGAUUGGCCGCAGCUGGCGCAAAGGUUUACAUAACUGGGCGCCGUGUCGAAGUCCUCGAUAAAGUUGUAGCUUCUUGGGAUCGACAAAUUGGAGGGGAGAUUUUAUCAUUGCAAAUGGACGUCACCGACAAGGCUAGUAUCGAAGCCGCGAAGAAGAUUAUUGAAGAAAAGGAAGGAAAACUACAUAUCCUUGUAAACAAUGCUGGCCAAGUUGGACCAACCUCAAACUUUCUGAACAAUACUUCAGGCCCCCAGCAUAAAGAUGCGGAGACCCUUGGAACAGCUUUGUUCAACAACGAGACAUUUCAGGGAUGGUCCGAUUUAUAUUCAAUCAAUGCGGCUUCUAUUUUCUUCGUCUCGACAGCCUUCCUCGGUCUGCUUGCCAAAGGAUCAGAAGACGUUACCGGAUUCUGGUCAUGCAUCAUCAACAUCACCAGUAUCAGUGGCCUUACAAAGGUGGCCCAAGAACAUUUUUGCUACAACAGCGCAAAAGCAGCUGCCUCGCAUUUAACAAGGAUGCUUUCGACAGAAUUGUCCCUAAAAGGUAUUCCUGUGCGGGUGAAUGCGAUUGCUCCGGGCGUGUAUGCUUCGGAGAUGACAGUAGACGUUGUUACCGAAGAUUUGGUCGAUAAGAUUGGAAAGGGUGUCCAGCCUGUGCCCGCUAAACGAGCAGGAACCGGUCAGGAAAUGGCAGGAACCGCUGUCUACUUGGCUUCACGAGCGGGUGGAUAUGUUCACGGUCAAGAAAUUGUCAUCGAUGGGGGUUAUUUGGCUGUUAACCCCUCAAUUGUUUAA